AAAAGAUAGCGUUCGAUAAUAAGAGUUUCUUCGUUUUUCUUUUUACAGGGUUUCGAUAAGCAGCCAAAGAAAAGUUACAAAGGAAUUUCGCUUAUUUGGUUUGAGAAUUGUGCUGUAAAGAUGCCUCGUUAUGAUGAUCGGAUGGGAAAUAGCACUCGUCUCUAUGUGGGACACUUGUCUUCACGGACCCGUUCACGUGAUCUGGAGCGUGCGUUCAGUAAAUAUGGGAGAGUACGGGAUGUGGACAUGAAGCACGACUAUGCCUUCGUAGAAUUUAGUGAUCCUCGAGAUGCUGAUGAUGCAAGAUACUAUUUAGAUGGCCGUGACAUUGAUGGACGCCGCAUAAUUGUUGAAUUUGCCAAGGGAGUGCCACGUGGACCAGGCGGUUCGCGCGAGUAUCUUGGCAAAGGACCCGCUCCUGGGUCAGGCCGCUGCUUCAACUGUGGCCUUGAAGGUCACUGGGCUCGAGAUUGCAAAGCUGGGGAUUGGAAGAACAAGUGUUAUCGAUGUGGAGAAAGAGGUCACAUAGAAAGGAAAUGCCCAAAUAGUCCUAAAAAAGUCAGUAGACGCAGCUACUCACGGUCGCCUGUUAGGUCAAAGUCACGCUCACGUUCACGUUCUCCUCGUCGAAGUUAUAGCAGAAGUCGCAGCUAUAGUCAAUCAAGAUCCCCGCCACCAAAGAGAGAACAAGUGGACCAGGUCAAGCGAUCAAGAAGCUACAGUAGGAGCCCGGAGCCAAGGAAGGCUAGUCCAAGCCCUCCACCCAAGACUAGGAAGCGCAGCCCAACACCUGAAGAGGGAAGCCCGAUGGAAGCAAAGAGCCCUCCUUCACCAAUGAGAGAAGAAGGUGCCUAUAGCCAAAGCCCCAGAGAGAGAAGCGUGAGUCCUUCAAGUCCUAGAAGGGAUAGCCCAGCUCCUCGAAAGUAUGAUGAUGACAGCCCUGCUGAAGCUAAUGGUGGAAGUCGAAGCCCGAGUCCCAAGUACCGGAGGAACCAUGCAGAUGAAGAUGAUGAGGAUGAAGGUGAGUUUCGUAAUCAACGCUCCGGUAGAGAGAGCCAAUCACCUUGAAACUUUUGGUGGUAUCUUUCUGAAUGCAUUUUGUGAAGGCUGGACCUUGUGUGGACUAAUGAGAUGUUACUUGAAAGAAUCAGACUUGCAUCUAUAUUUGGGAUUAUUAUAUGUUAGUACAAUGCUUGGUAUUUGAUGAAUACUAGACUAGCCAUUGAACAAUAUAAAACCGGUUCAAACAAUGAAAUUACAAAGUCUCUGGUGAAAUUCUCAAAUGACAAGUUUGCUGGCGUCUUGAU